AGCAUGUCAGCCAAUAGGAUGAGGCGUAUAAUAUGGGGCCGAGUCUCUUAAGUCAGCCCGUUAUAGUCCUUAUCAUAAGAAGACGCAGGAUAAGGCAGCCAUGCAGCCUAUGAAUAUGUAUAUGGUUCCCAAUCCAGGAAUACCAGGCUGUCCACCGGGAUUAGAAUACCUGACACAGGUAGAUCAACUUCUUAUCAAACAGAAAGUUGAGCUCAUCGAAGCUCUGGCAGGCUUUGAGAGCAACAACAAAUAUGAGAUCCGUAACUCCGUGGGUCAGAACGUGUUUUACGCGGUGGAGGAGAACGACUGUCUCACCCGUCAGUGCUGCGGCCCGCUGCGAUCCUUCACCAUCCGCGUCCUGGAUAACUACGGACAGGAGAUCAUCACAGUCAGCCGUCCUCUGAAAUGCAUGUCCUGCUUCUUCCCAUGUUGUCUGCAAGAGCUGGAGAUCCAGGCUCCUCCUGGAAACACAGUGGGAUACGUUCUACAGCAGUGGCACCCUUUCUUCCCCAAGUUCACCAUAGAGAACGAGCACCGAGAGCCGGUUCUUAAGCUCCAGGGGCCGUUCUGCGGCUGGAGCUGCUUGCCAGACGUGGACUUUGAGAUUCUGACCAUGGAUGAAGUCAGUAUUGGAAAGAUCAGCAAACAGUGGACAGGACUUCUCCGGGAGGCGUUCACGGAUUCAGACAACUUUGGGAUCCAGUUCCCCAUGGAUCUUGAUGUGAGAAUGAAGGCAGUGAUGAUCGGGGCCUGCUUUCUCAUUGACUUUAUGUUUUUUGAGACGAAUAACUAGUCGCUACGCAGACAGUGUUGCAGCUCUGUGGAAACGGGUGAAAAGAGAAGACGUUGACCCCUGCACAUCAUACAUCUGUGAAACCCAAUGGAAUGCAUGUGAAUAUGAAGCCAGCGGUGUAUAAGAACGGUGUAUGUUGAUUGAUGUGUGUUAUUGUUAUUAUUUUCUCUCUCUCUCUCUCUCUCUCUCUCUCUCUCUCAAACUCUCUCUCUCUACAUAUAUAAAACAGAUUAAUAUAAAUAAUUCAUGCCAUGAAUGCAUUUGAAGGAAUAGCUCACCCCAAAAUCCUUUAAAAAAAGUUUUAAGACAUUAAUCAAUCUGCCACUUUUUAUUCCAAAGUCACGUGACGUUCUUUUCAUCAUUGUCUUCCAUCGUCUAACAUGAAAGGAGCAAUUUAAUAGCGCGUCCUGGUCUGAUUUUUGGUUUAAAGCAAACAGCCGUGCCCCCCAAAAAAACGCUAUAAAAGAAGCCAUAUCUCAUUUGCGUGAGAAUUUCAAAUUGAAAUAGUGAACUAUUCCUUUAAAUCGAAACAACUAUGCAUAUAGCAUUUUGCGGUGAAUGACCAAUAUGCGUCUUUACGACACAAAGUUAUAUUUUAGUGUAAAAUAGUAUUUUUCAGAGCUUUUCAUUUUAAUCAAUAACCCCCCUUUCCCAAAAAAAACCAUGUUUUGCAGGCGAACAGAUGGUCAAAGCGGUCACGGGCGCUCAGAAUCUAGCGAUUUGUUAUUUAUUGUAUGAUUUACUUAGCUUACGUAUUGUUUGUUUGAUUCGUAGUGUUGUCAAAAAGCUUAAAUAGGAAUAUGUUUUUUAAAGAAUUUGUGAGCUGUGUAGUAUUCAGUGUCUCCAGAAGAGGGCAAUAUCGAUCUUUAAGUACACAAACUCUUUAGCUCCUUCAGUGCUGGUCAUGUUUUUCUUUUUUAAGACCCUGGUUUGCAGUUUUAACAUAUCUACUGUAUGUGACGCUUCACGAAUGCCUGUCGUAGUUGAUGUCUGACUAACACAGAAUGUAUUUUGAACUGUUUUUUUUUUUUUACUAUUUAUUUUGACAUAUCACUAAUUCCAGUGUUAUAUAGUGCAAAACAAUUUUAUAAACCGCACAUGUUUGUCUAACCGUCGUGCAGGCAAUGUACUGUUAUUUGUGUUGCUUUUAGCAAAAAUUCAACUGAACCGAAAAAAAAAAAGAAAAGAAAACGAACCGCCACAAAAUCGCGUCUUGCGUAAACCCUUAACCGAACGGAGAUAUUUAGUGGAAGCUGAAGUUUUUGUUCUCCGGCUGCAGUCAACGACCUGGCAAUUAUGCCUCGUAAUGAGCUGCGAGUUAUGAAAGCUGAUGAAAGAGAACGCCGCGCGAAAGCUGUUUAUAGGUUUGAGAAUUAUUUCUUUUUAAUGCCAUUUAGCAGUCGAGCGUGCCAUCGAUGCGGCCCUGGCUUUGAUCUGACCUCGGCUUGUGAAGAAAUUAACAUUUUAAAACGGUAUUAGCGUGAUGAAAACGCACGAGGCGCCGAAGUCUGAUCUGGAAUGCAAUAAAGAGAAUUAUUUAGCUGAGGAUUCAUUUCUCCUGGGCUCUGAUAUUCAGUUCUCAUCCCUCGUCCUGCAGGAUAAUGCCAAGCGCAUCAAAGCAAAUGCUGCUCAUAUGCCGAUCAUUACGCCGUAAUGCUUGUUUUUUUAAUGGAAUUAUAUUGAGUUGCAAACUAGAAAGCGGCAUCCGAUAUUUCUGGGAACUGUUCGAAUGAAGCCCAAAAUGAAACAUUUAUCGUCAUUUACAUCGUUUAUUUCUUAUAUAAGACUCAAUCGAGUCUCAAUCAAAGCAGUGAAAAACAUUUAGUUUUGCAUUAAACAUUUUGCUCAACGUCUAACUUUUACUGAACGGAGAACAGCAGCUUUUGUCGUAAAUAUUUGUGUUCCUGAGUAGAGAGGAGCUGGUGUGAAGAAUAAAGGUAAAUGAUGACAGUAUUUCUACGGUAGUGUUACCGUAAUGUCAUCUGUACUGUUUUUAUGCACCAAAUGAUAUUUUAUAGUCCAUUACACUUCCAUGUAUAUUUAAUCACCCAUGUCUAUGGGACACCGGGUGUUUGUAUUCAUUUGCAAGAACUGUUUUCAAGGAGCAAAACGGAUCUUAGGCUUGAUGAAAUAGUAUUGUCUCUUGGACUUUGGAGGAUCUAAUGUAACAAAAAGAAAUAUCUUUAAAGUCAAUCGGAUCGACUGGCUUUUAUGGUUUCCUCAAAAUAACAAGAUCGGACCGGGCCAAAUCGGUCUGCCAAGCAGGGUUCUGUGACGUGAAGGUUUCCUCUCGGAUGCUCCUGUGAAAUACGGGUGAAGCUCGGUCUGUGCGUGCUAUAUUCAGUUGCGAGAUUUCGAAAGAUACGCAAAAUGGAUUAUAAUUGCUCAGGUAGCAUUACAGGCCAGUGUUGCGAUGCUUUACCACAAACCGCUAUGAGGAACAAAAAAAACGGGUGACUGAUUGAAGCAACCCUGGGCCCUUUGAAAACCCUGCCUUUUUUCAGUAAACUGUAUUUAUUUCUGGCUAAAGGAGUUUUCCAAAGAAUAUACUGAAAACCGUGUCAGGACCAGUAUGUAAUCAUGUGCACUGACCCAGAUUUUACGAUUUAAACAUUUGUCUUUGUAAUCGAAUCAUCAAAGCAUUCGAGAGCCAUUUUGUGCUAUUUUGAAGGAAGACUCACGGUUUUCUUCUCUGCAAGACAACGGCAUUUUUGGAUUUUUUCGGACAAGGACUAAUGUAUACAUACCCCUGAAGCUGUACUGGAUUCUCCAGAGAUGGGGGAACGGUCUAAAUAAAGCGUUAAUCAGG